CCUUUCAUGUUAAACAAAAGUGUUGCGCGUGCGUAAUUGGGUGACAAAAUAAUAAAAUACCCUUUUUUGUUUCUUUUAAAAAAAAACAUAAUGCCACCACAACAACCGUCUCAACGCAACGAGAUUGUGGAGUGGUAUCAAUCGAUUCCACCCAUUACCAAAGCACUAUUCACGCUUUCUAUUGCGACAACCACGGUCGGCUCUUUAGGACUGAUUCAUCCUUCCAGUCUCAUUUUAUAUUGGCCAUCGGUGCAAUCGAAGCUACAGUUAUGGAGACUUGUUUCGUGUUUCUUUUAUAACAAGUUUAGUCUCGGGUUUGCGUUUAAUGUCUACUUUCUUUACCGUAAUUCGUUGCAGUUAGAGAACGAGACAUUUCAAGGUCAGCCAGCGGAUUACAUGUUUUUCCAUUUGUUCACAUCAAGUUUGCAGCUGGCUGCGGCAAGUAUUUUUAAAAUGUACGUGUUGAGUGAUGGACUUUUAUUGUCGAUUGCGUAUUUAUGGGCACAACAUAAUGCAGAGACACCCGUUACCUUUAUGUUUGGUAUUCGACUCAAGGUAUAUAAGAAGAAAGGAAAUAGGAGUGGGGAAAAAGUGUUCUAUGUAUAUAUUUAUCAGUUUUUUUUUUUAUUCAUAUCCAAUCCUAGGCAAAAUUUCUUCCGUUUGCGAUGAUUUUAAUGGACUUUUUAAUGUCUGGAGGAGAGAUUCCCAAGGCAUCAAUUGCAGGACUUGUAUCUGCGCAUAUUUACUAUUAUUUGACAACUAUAUAUCCUAAUCAAGGCGGACAACGCUACCUUCAAACGCCUUCCUUCCUCCGACGUUUAUUUCCUGCACAAACCCGAGGCGGAUUUCGAGGUGGAUUUGGUCGACCAGGAUCAACGCCCGGCUCUUCUAGUAGUACAGCUACAGCUGCACCACAAACAAAUAUGUUUGGUAGACACACUUGGGGAUCAGGUCAACGUUUAGGUUCAUAAUCUAUAUUUUUUGUGGGUAACACACAAAAAUUUAAAAUAAAAAAAAAAACGUUACGUCAUCCU